AUGCAUCAUCAACAACAUCAUCAGCGCAACAAUAGCCAUGGCAACCAACAACAACAACACGAGGAGCCGAAUGCAACUGAAAACGUGUUGUUACCACCAAUCCUUAUCCCCACUACUAGUACUCCAUUGACAAGAUCCAACCAUCAACAAGAUGCAUAUCCACGUCGAUCAUCCUUGCCAGCGUCGUUGCGUGACAUCAUGCAUACUUCAGUAACACCACCCACGUCGACUCAAGUGACUGAGAAUGAAGAGUCGUCGUCAUCAUCCGGAACAGACCAAGAUGAUACGCCUAAUUUUAAUGAUCCCAAUCCCAGGGUCACUCAAUUGGCCACAGCCUUGCAUUCAGCAUUGACUAAUACCGCCUCCAAUACCAAUCAUGUAUCGCCCAUUCCCAUCAUCAUCAUGUCCAAUCAACUACCAUCAAGAGAGGAGAGUGCUUUUACGUUUAGUUUUCAAAUCCACCGUAACCAGCAUGAUACACGUGACACGCUUGCAUCGGUGGACAUGGAUAUGGAUUUCAAUACAAUAGGACAUGUAGCUGAUAUUGUGAAUGCUAUUUGUGAAUCUCUUUCAUUUGACAUUUGA